UUGCCAAGCUUUAAUUUAUUUCUAACUAGAAGCAAAAAUCAAAGCAAGUGCUUUGGGGAAUAUCUAUUUGUUGAAAGAUAAGAUAAGAUGGGGAAAGCACAUAAGAAUGUGGGUGCAGUUGUAAUGAUAUUUGUUUUGGUGAUAGGGAUAGCAGAAUGUCGAAACUUGAAAGAAGACGAAGUAGUCUCUGGAGUUGGAGCAAGUGGGAAUGAAGGUGGAGCAGUUGGAAGAAACUAUGUUAUCGUAUCAGAACCUGCAAGCGGUGGUUUUAUCGUAUCAGAACCUGCAAGCGGGUUAGGAUCUGGAGUUGGAGCAGUUGGAAGAAAUUUUGUUGUCGUAUCAGAACCUGCAAGCGGGUUAGGAGCUGGAGUUGGAGCAGUUGGAACAAAUUUUGUUGUCGUAUCAGAACCUGCAAGCGGGUUAGGAUUCAGCAGUGCUGCCAGUGGAGCUGCAGUUGGUGCAGGUGUGGGUCAAGGAUUUACCGGUGCCACUGCUGCUGGUGGUGGUCUUUGAAUUCAUCUAUUAUGAUGCUGCGUGCAGUGUAAUGCUUUUUCUUUUCUUUUUAAUAAUGUACCAUUCACUGUAAUGCACUAAUAUAGUGCCUUUUCAUGGAACCCAAUACGUAAUACAAAAUAAACAAUUAUGUCAUCAAAC